UUCUUUCUCUCUCCUCGGUCUUCUUUCCAUUCCCGGGCGCCCCCGGGCCGGCCCCUCCCUCCGCGCCAGCUUGCACCUCUCCCCAGCUGGGUGCACCUGAGGCUGGCUGGGGUUCCGGACGCGUGCGGAGCGCCACCGGGUGCGGUGGAGGCAGAGGCGCGCUGACAGCCACCUCCAGCCCUCGCCUGAGGGACAACUCGUGUGGCGUUUGCUUCGGGGACUAUUCUCUGUGGCGGCCGCUCACGCCUCGCCUCGUGGUGACUAUCAACCACCGAAGCUGCAGGCGGGCAGUUGUGCGCCCCCGGGGCCAGUCAGCCCGGGCGGCCGCUCCUGCUCCCCAGAUGCCAGGGCCAGGGCGCCGAGCGGCCGCCAGCAGGAGGAUGAAGGGCUCGGCGGGAGGAAGGAGAGAAAAGCUGCUGGGGGCGACGAAAGCUCAGCCCAGCCGCGAUUUCACUUGUGCACAUGAUGGAGAAAGUGAGGCUGAAUUUUUACCUGAUGACUUUGAAGAAAAACCGGAAAGAGAAAAGAAACAUACCAAUUUCACUUUGUGCAAUGUUUGUAACAUUCAGCUGAAUUCGGCAGCUCAAGCGCAAAUCCACUACAAUGGCAAAUCACAUCAAAAGAGAUUAAAACAACUGAGCAAUGGGAUGCUGAAAAAUGACAAUGGUGGUACAUGCCAGAGCCCCGCUCUCCCAGCCCUGGUCCGUCCACCAGCCCCUCCUCUGCAGCCUUCGCUGGAUAUCAAACCCUUUCUUCCCUUUCCUCUGGACACUGCAGCCGCAGUCAACCUCUUCCCCAAUUUUAAUGCGAUGGACCCGAUUCAGAAAGCUGUAAUAAAUCAUACAUUCGGGGUUCCUCUUCCUCAUCGAAGAAAGCAAAUCAUAUCAUGCAACAUUUGCCAGUUGAGAUUUAAUUCCGAUAGCCAGGCUGCGGCCCACUACAAAGGCACGAAACAUGCCAAGAAGCUCAAAGCACUGGAAGCCAUGAAAAAUAAGCAGAAAUCUGUAACUGCCAAGGACAGCGCAAAGACUACCUUCACCUCCAUCACUACCAAUACCAUCAAUACCAGCUCUGACAAAACAGACAGUACCGCAGGGACACCAGCAGUAUCAACGACAACUGUGGAAAUUCGCAAAAGCAGUGUUAUGACAACUGAGAUCACCUCCAAAGUGGAAAAAAGCCCCACGACAGCCAGUGGCAAUAGCUCAUGUCCUUCCACAGAGACUGAGGAAGAAAAGGCAAAACGGCUUCUUUACUGCUCGCUCUGCAAGGUUGCCGUCAACUCUGCCUCGCAGCUGGAGGCGCACAACAGUGGUACUAAGCACAAAACCAUGCUAGAAGCUCGGAAUGGAAGCGGGACUAUCAAAGCCUUUCCUAGGGCAGGCGUGAAAGGCAAAGGACCAGUUAAUAAGGGAAACACAGGUCUGCAAAACAAAACGUUUCACUGUGAAAUCUGUGAUGUGCACGUCAACUCGGAAACACAACUUAAACAGCACAUUAGCAGUAGAAGGCACAAAGACAGAGCUGCUGGGAAGCCCCCGAAACCUAAAUACAGUCCUUACAACAAACUACAGAAGGCAGCACAUCCUCUGGGGGUAAAAUUAGUAUUUUCAAAAGAACCUUCAAAGCCAUUGGCUCCACGAAUUCUACCAAACCCACUGGCAGCAGCAGCAGCUGCUGCUGCAGUGGCGGUGAACUCCCCCUUCAGUCUCCGAACUGCUCCAGCGGCCACACUGUUCCAGACCUCGGCACUCCCGCCAGCACUCCUGCGGCCAGCUCCCGGACCUAUUCGGACCGCCCACACUCCUGUGCUGUUUGCUCCUUACUGAGUUCCAAAUGGGAGUACUUGUACUGCAAUAAUUUUUCAAAAAACAAACAAAAAACAACAACAAAAAAAAAAAACAA